AUAGCCGAUCUUGCGGAUCCAUCCCCUCGGCGCAGGCGCCGCCGUCCCCCCCUCCCCGCUCCCCCGCCGCCAUCCCCUGCGGCAACCCCCUCCAGGCCCACUCCCCCGCCGCCAUCCCCUGCGACAGCCUUCCAACCUGCCGUCUACCGCCGGCCACCCACCACUCUCCUCCAACGCCAUCCCCUGUGACAACCCCGACCCCUCCCCUGCCGUCCGCCGCCGGACACCACAUCUGCUGCCUGCGUUAUUAUGCCUGGCUGCGUUUUUUUUUUGGAGUAAAUAAUCUCGCGGGAGACGGAGGCGGGACAAGAUUUGAUUUCCUUGUGCAAUCGAGGAAGGGAGGAUGCCGAUUUCGGAUUUAACGGCGAGGGCAGCCCAAAAGGAGUGUUUUUUAUUCGGAGUUGACAAGUUGUAAUCCGGAUCCUCCUCCCUCUCCUCUGAAUAAUCUCCUCCUUUUUGGAGUCGGGGCCGCCUAUAUCGAUCUAAUAAAUUGGUGUCCCCGAUUUGUUUUUCGCCGGCGAUUGUUGCGGCGCUCUAAAUUAACAGAGGAGGAAUAAGGGGGAUUCGAAUAAGGCGCGUCCUCCGUUGUCAAGGAUCCAAUAAGGUGGUUAUUCUAAGGUCAUUUGUUGAUCCCAUCAGCCAUGAAGAACAAAAAUGGUCGUCCCAGGAAAUCAGCUCUCAACCAAGCCGCUGCUGGCAACAAGAAUGGUCGUCGCAAGCGGAAUCUAAAGGCAACUCGCAACGAAGCCGCUGCUAGCAACGCAAACGAAGACAGGCUCAGCAAGCUGCCCAAUGACCUUCUGCUCAACAUUCUGGAGAGGCUGGACACGCUCGAUGCUAUUAGGACCUGCAUCCUCUCCAGGCAAAUGCUGAAGCUCCCCACCAUGCUCUCACGCCUCUACCUAACUUUCAGCCUCAAGGGAGUGCUCCGAACCAACCAUGCUGUGGCUUAUGUAACUGAUAACAUCUUGAGCACAAGGAGCCCGGAGGUUACCAUCAGCGAACUCAAAAUCAGAUUUCUCUUGUUGCCCAAUGACUCUCUAAUCAUUGGCAGAUCUGUUGCCCGUGCCAUGGCAACCCAGAAGGUUGCCGCAGCUGAGUUUGAGAUUGUAACGAAGAAGCGUUAUAGCCUCUGCUCUUCUGCUGACCUCCUCCAGUUUGGGAAGCAGUUCAAUGAUUUAUUUGGUGCUUGUCCGCAUGCGUUUGCUGGCCUUACGAGCCUGUGGCUGCAAAAUAUGAGGUUUGGUGAACUGGACAUUCCCAACAUCCUCAGCACUUGCAAGCUCUUGGAGUAUUUGCGUUUAUCCCAUUGCGACUCAGGGGUCCAUGCUGUGCUGCAAGUAGAACACGAUCAACUUGUUGAGCUCGAGGUCGACUAUGGGAAAUUUCAGAGGGUUGAGCUGAUAUCUCUACCAAAACUCCAACGGAUGACCUAUGAUAAUUGGUUCUCUUCUCAGGAUCCAUUGUAUUUUGGUUUUGUACCACAGCUUUCAAAGCUGAGCCUUAUUAAAACUCGCAUCCGUUCGGACAAGACUCUCGAGUUAAGUCAGCUCCUUGCCAAUGUUCCUAACAUAGACUAUCUGCGUCUGGAUUUUCGAAGUGAAAAGAUUUGGAUUCUGCCAGAAUGCCCAAAACUGCUCAAGCCUGUGCUCAACAAGCUACAGCAUGUGAAUCUGGACCAUCUUCCUGAAGGAUGUGAUUUAGCUUGGACAAUGUUUAUUCUUGAAGCUGCACCCUCCCUGAAAGAGCUGUGCAUCACAGUGUGGGAUCAUUGGUGCAUAAUGAUAACAAACAAAGAGUUGCGGAAGAAAUAUUGUUUCUGCGAAAAGGCAGACGUGAAGUGGAAGCCAUAUGCCCCUGAUUUCAAGCACAAGAAUCUGGCUAAGCUCACCAUCUACGGGUUCCAACCUGACGACAAUUUUAUGCGAUACAUCAGGUGUGUCGCGGAACAUGCGGUUAAUAUAACAGAGAUAUCCCUGCAUGACAGGAAGGUGUGUGGGCGCUGUGGCGACUUGGAUCCUGAGAUCAAGGACAGUGUAUGUCCAUCAAGAUAUCCACCGACAGCCGAGGAGCGGAAGCAGAUAACAGAGGCGUUGGGUUUGUCUUCUGUUGCUGUGGUUCACUUCCGGUCCUAAUUAAAAAAAUGUAGCAGUUUCUAAGUCAUCUGUGAUAUCAUCUUCAUAACUGGAAGGAGUUCAUGAAACUCCAUAAUUCAGUAGUUAUUAUGCUUGUACUCUUGCUUUCCUUUCAAUUGAAGCUUUUGCACUAUUGGGAA